CGCUCGUGGAAGUGCGAUUGGCCGUGGUUUAUCAACGAUUCGACAAACAAGUCACAUACGGAUUACCACCGGCUUCGCAUCUCUGGUCUAAUUUCAUUCUGUAUACCUCACGACUAGCGAUUGAUACCAACGGCGUUUCCCGGAAUUGCCUGGCCCAAUCUUUUCGAUACUGCAAUCGUUGGAAACGACAGUACAAUGAGCAACCGCAGCUUACCCCCCGAGAUACUGGGCCUCAUCAUCGAAAACAUCGCUCCGUCCGACGCCUGCAUUGCUUUUCCAGCCUCCCAUGUUGUAACUCGGACGCUCCACGCAUGCCUCACAGUAUCCAAAACGAUUUCCUGGGUCGCACAGCGACAAAUCCAGUCACGAUGUCUCUACAUCAACUCUCCAUGGCGCCUCGACGGCCUGCUUCGAGCCUUGAAAGGCGAUACCACUCAUCGGGAACCCUUCGCCAUUCCGCUGAGUCUGAAGAUGAAGUCGAGUACAUCGAUGUACCUCUCUCCCUUCUUGGGAGACACAAUCGACGAUGCAGGCGUCGUCGCCAACAUCAAAACUCUCUUCGCCUUCCUCUCCAAUAGCCUACAGCGCUUAGUCAUCAACAUGCCUCUUCGCAACAUGUCUCCCGAAGAUCCCAGCGCUCCGAAGAUCCAGCCUGCGCUGCGUGAUGCGUUUGCGCAGUUGAGGAACCUGGACCAAUUCGUCAGUGUGCAAGACGAGCUUUACCUCGAUUCAAGCUCGCUUUCAAAUCACCCGGCGGAGCCACAGGUAUGGGCGUCGUGGCCGCGUCUGAAGCAUCUCGGCCUCUACAAUGUGGACAUCCGCUCGCAGUCCGUACGCGAAGGUCUGAGAGCUCUCCCAGGUUUGGAGACGCUGGUUCUUACCCGACCGCAUGGGCUCGUGGACGAAGAAUUGACUUUGACAAUGUCAUGUCUCAACGCGUCUGCGAAAGUGAUCAUUAUCAACACUCCGGAGGGGCAUCGGAAUGGUGUGUUCGGCCAGAAAGCCCCAUCUAUGAUCGAUUCGCAAGGAAAAGCACGUUGCGAGCCGAGUCAUCACGUGCACGACUUUGGAAGACUGCAUCGACUCGACGUUCCUAAGGAGCGAAGCACGCGUUGGACGUGGGGAUUUCGACAAAGGAAGCGCUUCGAUGACGUGACAACGUGUCAGCAUUGGAUGGAAAGGAAAGCACUAGAUGGAACUCUCUGGGAAUACGGGGAUGGAGAGCCUCGACGAGCGUGCAAGUAGCUUCAUGGCAUCAUUCGCGGCGCUGCAUCGUAGCUAUGCAGCCUAGAGAAGGU